AUGUCUGGCCUCGCAAUCAAUCCCCGGGGCGUGCAGUUCAAACCUGAUACAGACAUUCCUAACCUUGGCGGCAAGACCAUUUUCGUUACUGGAGGUACAGGGGGUAUUGGAAAGGCUACGAUACUCAGCCUUGCAAAGCACAAACCCGGUCACAUUGUCUUUACUGGCCGCAAUGCCAGAAGGGCUGACGAAGUGAUUAACGAAGCUCGCAAGACCUCUCCAGGGGUGCUUGUAACAUUUCUCGAGUGCGAUUUAUCUUCGUUUCAAUCUGUCGAAUCCGCCGCCAAAAGAUUUCUGGCCCACUUCGAUAUACUCGACAUCCUUUUUGCCAAUGCCGGCAUCAUGGCAGUCCCUCCAGGCCUCACCAAGGACGGCUACGAGGUGCAGUUUGGCACCAACCACAUGGGCCACGCCCUGUUGCUGAAAUACUUGCUGCCACUCAUGGCCAAGACGGCUGACAUUGGCCGCGAUGUGCGUCUCGUAACUACAUCCUCAAGCGCCUUCCAGGGCGCCUCCGGGAUUGCAUAUGACACUAUAAAGACACCGCAAAAUGGGUUUUUUGGUCAUUGGCGGCGUUACAUGCAGAGCAAGCUGGCCAACACCCUGUACUCGCAAAAAAUAGCCGAGCUCUACCCGGACAUCAUGUCGUGCUCCAUCCAGCCAGGUGCCGUUGCUACUGACAUAGGUGGCACCCACCUAGGUAUGCUGGACAAGGUUUUUAUAGCAAUCAACACGCGGGGAAAAACUCUCACCCCCGACGAAGGGGCGUACAAUAUGUGCUGGGUUGCCACUACUAAGCGUGAAAACCUCACAAAUGGCGCUUACUAUGAGCCAGUUGGCUGGCCUGGAAACAUGACGGAAAUUUCUCAGGAUGAGGCAGCGCGGAAUCAACUCUGGGAGUGGACCCAGAAAGAGUUGGAAAAGUAUAAGAUAUAG